GCUUCUCCACAGCUAAAUGUUAAUGUGACCUUAUUUGUUGGAUUGUUUUUCUCAUUCUCUCCUUCCCUCCCUUUGCAUCUCUCCCCCUCUCUCUUAUGCUCUCUCUCCCUCCCUUUGCAUCUCUCCCCCUCUCUCUUAUGCUCUCUCUCCCCCCACCCCUCCCUCUCUCUCUUUCAGGAGGGCGCAUCAGCCAGGAAGGCUCAGACUCCUGCCAUGCAGCCAGUGCCCCGACCAGUUUCCCAAGCAAGACCCCCGCCAAACCAAAAGAAAGGUUCAAGAACUCCCAUCAUCAUCAUCCCAGCCUCCACGACUUCCCUGAUCACCAUGCUCAAUGCUAAGGACCUCCUGCAGGACCUGAAGUUUCUGACGUCCGAGGAGAAGAAGAAGCUGGGCCUCCAGCGUGACAAUGAGGUGUUGCUCCAGAGACGGAAAGAUCAGAUCCAGACUGGUGGUGCCACGCUUAGCGUUACCGUUCCCUACAGAGUCAUUGACCAGCCGCUGAAGCUAGCGCCACAAGACUGGGACCGAGUGGUGGCUGUGUUUGUGCAGGGUCCGGCUUGGCAGUUCAAAGGCUGGCCAUGGCUGCUUCCUGAUGGAUCCCCAGUGGAUAUCUUUGCCAAAAUCCGAGCCUUCCACCUGAAGUAUGACGAGGCGCGGCCGGACCCCAACGUGGCAAAGUGGGACGUGACCGUGCUGGAGCUGAGCCACCACAAGCGCCACCUCGACAGACCCGUCUUCCUCCGCUUCUGGGAGACCCUGGAUAGAUACAUGGUAAAACACAAGGCCCAUCUGCGGUUCUGAGAGGGGCCCUUGACUACUCUGCAGAGGCCUUGCCUGAGGCCUCUGGUCCUGCCCCUCAUCACCCACCUCAGACAGUCCUCCAGCUCAGACCCCCCCCCCCCCCCCCAACAACCCAGGACCCUGAGCAGCACUUUGGAACCAAGUCUGCUUCUCUACUGUCAUGGCAACAGGACCGUGUCACGGCCCAGCAUGGUGGUGCUGCCACAUUUCUCUGGACUAAAGGGGGCGGGUUUAAGGGGAACGGGGAAGUACACUGAUGGGAGAUGAUGCAGGCUUACUUCCUCUUCUGCCAGAUUAUCGCCAUGGUGAUGUUGGUCUAUUUUUCUUUUUUCUUUCCUCUUUCCAACCAAAAAGCAACUUAGCACCUAGACAGCGAUUGAUGUCUGGAGAAAAACAGUGUGUAAUGGGGAGAAACAGUGUGUAGGGUGUAAUGGAAAACUUUUCUUCCCAUUUAUUGUUUUCACUUUGCGGAUUUAGACAAAAUGGUAUGAGUUGGAGAAGGACCCAUUGGAACUGGCAAUGGGCGUGUACUUCCAACAUCAUUAACAAAAAAAACAAAAAAAAUAGUUGUUACAAAAUGUGAGACUGUCAGAGCUUUGCCCUGCUCUUCUUUUUGUUUUCUUGAGGGACCUUCCUUUGGUAAUUGCCAGGUUUGUAUAUUUUCAGCAGCAGUCACAGCUCUUGGACAGCAUUAACACAGCAGAUGGAAGUGUAAAUAUUAAAUUCAUAUGAACCAGCUUGUUUGUAUAUUCCUCUGGCCAUUUGGUGAUGGGGCAACAGGUAAAAGAGAUGAUGAUGAAAUCGUAAAAAGCCCCCACCUCUCUUCCUCUUUUGUGUGCUGCACAAGGAAGGCCACUUCUAUCAUGCUACCAGUUCGAUUCGAAACCCACGUUAAAGAUGAUCUCUGCAAAGAACGGCUGUAUGGUAAUGUUGCAAACUGUUACAAAUACAGCACGCGCAGAUGACUCUGAUUACAGUGUAAACAACUAAAAGAAGGCAAGUAAAAUGUGUGUGGUUCUUUUUUUUUUUUUUUUCUUGUAUUAUAUCUGAUCGCACCACUCUGUAAACUUCAUUUUCCUAUGAAUCGGAAUCACUGCUGCAAUAAAUAAGGAAUGCGUCUCUGGAUUAUUUUGAUUACGUCCACGACUCUUUAUGGCAUCAAGAGUUCAUUUUUGUAUAAAUGGGUACAGUUCUUGGGGGUGGGUGGUGGUGGUGGUGGUGGUGGUGGUGGGGGGGGUGUUCCAUUGUUUUUAAUGUUCACAGUGUGUGUGGAUAAUAAAGCUCAAUGUUAGCUA